AUGCCGCUGAUCCUACUCUCCGGAUACCCUUCCAGCGGCAAAACCACCCGCAGCCAGCAAUUGAUCACCUACCUCAACCAACAAAUCCUCAACUCCCCAGAACCACGAAUCAAACGCCUAAAAGUAGUCCACAUCACCGACGACAACCUAGGCCUCUCUCGCGAUGUCUACGCCGCCGCCCGUCCCGAAAAGGACGCCCGCGCGACCUUUUCCUCCGCCAUCAAACGCGUCUUGGAUCAGGACACCAUCGUCGUGGCAGACGGCAUGAACUACAUCAAAGGAUUCCGCUACCAACUCUACUGCGAAGCGAAAGCCAUGCAAACGACCAACUGCGUCGUACACAUCGGCGCGCCGCCCGAUCAAUGCCGGAUGUGGAACCAGAGCCGCGAGGAAAGGGAGCGGUAUGCGGAGGAGGUCUUUGAGAAUCUGGUCUUCCGCUACGAGGAGCCGAAUGGCAUGUCUCGAUGGGAUGCGCCGCUGUUUACGGUCCCACUGGAGGACGCCGAACCACCCUGCGAGGCGAUCUGGGAGGCCAUGAUCGGAUCCGACGGCAAAGCGAAAGUGGUCCGGCCGAAUGCCGCGACGGUGUUGAAGCCCGCGGCGGAGCAGAAUUAUCUGUAUGAAUUGGACAAGACGACAUCAGAUGUGAUUGGGCUGAUUACGGGUUGGCUGGGAGAUCAUGAGGGAGAGGGAGGUGGCGAGGUCGGGGUACCGGGUUCGGAGAAGGAGAUCAAUUUACCGGUCAAUUCGCCUUCGUUGCCGCAGUUGCAGAGGUUGAGGAGGCAGUUCAUUCAAUUGAAUCGGCAGCAUACGCUGGGAAAGAGCAGGAUCCGGGAUCUCUUCGUCGACUACCUGAACGACUCGUUUGAAAGUUGA